CGCGCCGUACGUAUUACAUCCUAUAAAGCGCGCACUGUUUUCACCCCGUCCGAUAAAAUCUAUGAGACUUGAAAAAGGCCACUUGCGGGAAAUGUUAUGCAAUGUGUGACGUUUUGUAACAGUUUCUCUAUGCUGUGAUCUGCAGUGGAAAUUACUUCUUAAAGCAUUAUCUACGGGUAUGACUGUGCAGUUACAAAAAAGUCAUUCCGGUGCUUAGAACUGCAGCGAUGGAACACAAAAAAACAUUUUGUGUAAAUAGAGAAGAAACAAAUGAAUGUGUUGCAUCUACUGUGGCAUGCUCAAUGGUCCAGUUGUACCCAUGGAGUGUGAAAGUAAAGGAAGAAUUGCAGGAGAUUGGAAAUCAAGAGAUAAAUCGGUACAACACAGCUACUUGCAUACUAUGUGAUCGUACUGAACGUGGCGCAAAAGUGGUUCUUGGAUUAGAAAUGGAAGCCAGUGAUAUCAACACUGAGCUACCAGUUUCAGAGAGAUGCAUCAAGGAAGAACAGGAUGAAACCAAGGAUCAAAAGAUUAUUGAAGAUUUACUUGGUGUUUGCAAAUUUUGUGAAAUUGAAGACAGAGCACUGGCACUUGCAUCACAAUCAGAUGGCAGUAAUGUUCUUGAACAUCCUUUGGAGGUGUUGUGGUCCACUGAUUGCAUCACCGAAGAUCCCAGACUAAAUUUUGGUUGGGAUGAAACUGAGAAUAAUAAUUUCAUGGAUGCACUGCUAGAUGCCAUACUGGAAGCAGAGAGCGAGUGCUGCCCACCGCCUCUGCUGGUGCACAAGAAGGAUCUGAAUCCUGUAGAGUAUAAAGUGGUGCAGAAUGAUACAAAGCCUGUGACAGCAGUGUUGGUUCCACUUACACCCAAGAAAGAAUCAGAGGCAGCCUAAGAAAGACAUGCGCUAGACAGUACGCGGUUAAUGCUCUUUUCAUAAACAUACCAAGACCAGGACCUCUGAAGGAAGCAACCUCCAAAUUUUACAGGACAGUGGGCUGAGCCAACAAUUUCUAUGAGAAAUCAAGGAAAUUCCAACAUUAAAUCAGAAAUUGACUAUACUGAUGAAGUUGAGGCUUAUGUAGCAGAGACAAGUGAAGAUGAAGACGUUUCGAAGAAUGAGGAAUUAGUGGAAGAGGAUUCAUAUGCUGUGAAUGUUCUAAAGGUGAAUGAAAAUUACCAGUGCUACCAGUAGAAUGUUGUUUGAAGAGCUGGAGGUGUCUGCAGAUAAAUUUUGGUAGAAGUGGCACUCUAGCACAAGUACUUUCCCCUUGAGAGAGCGAUGCAGCAUGUACUAAAAAUAAUAACAGCUUCAAGGAAAAUGAAUUUUGUGGUUUCACAUGCAGUUCAUGCAAGCAGAGCUUUUCUAGAAAAUACAGGCACAUAAAGCAUGUUUUUAUUCACAUUCAUGGUGUGCUUCUGCAUAUAAUGUUGUGAGGUACUUCACACCGUAGUGGCUUCAGCAAGCAUUUAAGAAAGAGUGGACAUAAUGGAGGUAUGUCUGUAAUGAGAGAUGGAUUAUACAAUGCUCCUGAGAAAUAUAAAUGUGAUGACAUUUACAGAAACAAAACUACAAAAACCUAUCCAAAACUUUUUCACUCCAGCCAGAUUGAGAAGGGAUCUUUAUCUGAAGAGUGUUGCAACAGCUCACUUAGAAAACUGAGGAAUAUCAGUUGUAUUUCUUUUGUAGAAAGCAGAUCUUUAGUUCCGCGACCAUACUGGCGAAAUGCCAUGAAAUUGUGACGUUUGUGUGAAAUCCUUCAUUAUGAUCAUCUCAAGAAUCAAUCAUUAUUACAUAUUGGCGAAAGACCUCACAAUUGUGAUUUUGAUAACAAAAUGUUUGUUGUGAGUGUAUGGUAAACUUAAGAAGCCACUUUAGCACAUCCUGGCAAAAGGCCACGUAAAUGUGAAGUUUGAGAGAAAUCUUAUAGUGAGGAUUGUCAAAUCAAUACAUACUGUGGAAGUGCGACACGAAUGUGAUGUUUGUGGGAUAUCCAUCACAGUGUUUCCAGUUCCAUCACAGGGUCUUGUGAUGUGAAGAGGCAGUCAGUCAUACAUGCUAAUGAGAUGUCACACUAAUAUGAUGUCCUUGGGAUAUAUAUUACAAAUUUUUGUAACCUUCAGGGGUAGACAUAAACACACACUGGUGAGAGACAUAACACAUAUGUUUUAUUUAUGGAAGCCCUGCUCUCUUGUGAUACCAAGACCCAUAUCUUAGUAUUUAUUAAAGAGUGACCAAUAAUUAUAACAGGUUGUUUUCAAGUCAUUGAUAAAUUAAAGAAAUGUGCAGUAGUUCAUGUGGGAGGUAGAGUGCAUGUUGGAUACAUGACCUUGAUGUAGAUAAUGUUAUCAGAAUGCAGAAAGUUAUAUAUUGUACAGAUAAUACAAGAAUUAAGAUUAGUAACUAUACAGACAAAAUCAAACAAGUGCAGUUUAACUGCAAUUUGUUUAUUGAAGUAUGCUGCAAGAGGCUAAACACUGUGAUUAUUGUUAGUUUAUGUUAUUUUAAAGUUUUAUUGAAAGCCAUGAACUAAUGUGUUGUGUGUAGUUUACAGGUAGGAAAUUAUGUUAUCUUUCAUGUGGAAAUGUAAAUCACAAUUUAUAAUGGUAUAUCUGGUUACACAUCAAAAUGUGCAAUAAAAGAAAAUUUGUUACCCAAGGUAGUUGCCUGGAACCAUAUGGCUACAUGUUAAAUAUUUGGUUGAUUUAUAUCAACUUGUCUGUUGCAGAGCUCUUAAAAUAUUUUGUUGUUUUUGAAAUUAUUUACUUAUGUUGGAUUUUUAGUGUAAAGUUUUCAUUGUUUUGCUGUAUUUAUAAUCUUUGUUUCAUCAUUUGUUGGUUUGAUAAGUUUCUAAGCUGUACAGGGGUCCAAUGAUUCUAUCUUAGUUUUAGUUUUUAUUUCCUGUGCCUGUUCUUUGUGUUUUUUGAUGUAGCAUCAGAUUCUCUAUAGACAACCAUACUAGAAAAAUUUAUUCCUAUUCUCCUUACUCCUAUUCUACCUGUGUCACUGUAAUAAUGUUCGUAACUGUCUAUGUCUGGUAUGUGUUCUCUGUUCAAUAUGUCUUUCUCACCAGAAAUACUUUGAUGAAUAAAAUCCUUCAAAUUACUCAUUUUACAAGAAGAUUGAGUUUAUUAUAUUUUCAGUAUAUAAAAGUGCUCCUCCUGUUAGUCUAUCAACUGGCUUAGCAACAUAAACAGGCACACCAUUCACAUUGUCAUGUGAUUUAGCCAUUACAUUUUAAACUAAUUGUGGUUGUCCUUAGAAGAAAUAUAUAUCACAAUAUUAUUUCAAAUAAACAAUUUGUAAUAUUUUUCAUGCCAUGUCUCAUCUUGAAUGUACUCAUGCCACAGACUGGUUACUUGUGCACCUUUCUGCAAAUUCCAAAAGCUCAUCCCCACACCCUAGCAGGUGGAGCAUCUGUGCACACUUCUGAUUUUUGAUCCAGAGAGAUGAGUGAGAGUGAAAUUCAUUAUGUUGAUAGUGGUAUCGAUACCUGUACCAUUUCAAGGUACUAUGUGAGACAUAUAUAUAUUACUGUGAA